GCUAUAAAGCGGCAGCAAUGAGGGAUGAGAGAAGAAACAGUGAGUCAAAGAAAUCACGGAGGAAUCCUUCACGUGAGUUAACGCCGCUCCUCUGUGCGUUUGUCGUCGAAGGACACCUGGACCUGCAGAACCGGAUCUGACUGAGGGACGGAGCGGCUGUGUUUGAUCCCCCCCCCCCCUCCGCUGAACACACAGACCACAGGCUCCAGCAGCCUCCUUUAUCUCCAGUCAGGCCCUUGAACCGCUACCUCACACCCAGCUGAGAUGGCUCCCUCCCUGGCCACAGCCUUCUCCCGCCGCUGGUGGAUGGCGGUGACGGCGGUCAUCGAGAACCUGCUCUUCUCUGCCGUGCUGCUCGGCUGGGGGUCCCUGCUCAUCAUGCUCAAAUCUGAGGGCUUCUACUCGUACCUGUGCAAAAGACCAGACAACAGCUCCAGCUUCAACAUCUCCAACGCGUCCUCCCCUGAGAAUCACGCCACAGAGGAGGAGGAGUACCUGGACAUGAACGGCUGGCCCAUCUGCAAGGACCAAGACGAGAUGCUGAACCUGGCCUUCACCGUGGGCUCCUUCCUGCUGUCGGCCAUCACUCUGCCCAUGGGCAUUGUCAUGGACAAAUAUGGACCACGGAAGCUGAGGCUUCUGGGCAGCGCCUGCUUUGCCUUUUCCUGCCUGCUCAUCGCCUACGGAGCCAGCGAUCCCAACAAUCUGUCCAUACUGAUCUUCUUCGCUUUGGCAAUGAAUGGGUUCGGAGGCAUGUGCAUGACCUUCACUUCUCUGACGCUCCCCAGCAUGUUUGGAGACCUGAGGUCGACCUUCAUCGCCCUGAUGAUUGGAUCCUACGCCUCCUCUGCCGUCACCUUCCCCGGCAUUAAGGUGAUCUAUGACCUGGGUGCCACCUUCAUCUCCAUCCUGGUGGUCUGGGCCGGCUGCGCCUGCCUCGUCUUCUUCAACUGCUUCGUCAACUGGCCCCUGGAGCCCUUCCCCGGCCCGGAAGACAUGGAUUUCACGGUGAAGAUCAAGUUCAGCUGGCUGGGCUUCGACCACAAGAUCACGGGGAAGCAGUUUUACCGGCAGGUGACCACUGUGGGGCGCCGCCUCAGUGUGGGCAACUCCAUCAAGCAGCAGCACCAGCCGACCAAAGACCUGGCCACGCAGGAGGCCAGCAAGCUGUGCCUGUCCACCGUCGACCUGGAGGUCAAGUGCAAGGGCCAGGAGGAGACUCAGUCCUUCAUGAAAAGUAUCUUCAGUCCCAUCUUCUUGCUGAGCCUCAUCACCAUGUGCGUGACCCAGCUGCGCCUCAUCUUCUACAUGGGAGCCAUGAACACCAUCUUGGAGUCCCUGACGGAGGGAGACCUGAGCACAGUGGAGAGGAUGCAAGUGGUGAGCGUUUACACGUCCAUCUUUGGCGUGCUCCAGCUUUUGUGUCUGGUCACCUCUCCCGUGAUCGGCUACGUCAUGGACUGGAGGCUCAAAGACUGCGAGGACGAGAAUGACAAGAGCGUCAAGAGGGAGCCCGGUCAGCCCCGUCGCCCCGACAAACAGAUCCAGAAGAUCGUCAACGCCACCAGAGCCUUCAUUUUCACCAACCUGCUCCUGGUUGGCUUUGGAAUCACCUGCAUCAUCCCCAACCUGCACCUCCAGAUUCUGUCCUUCAUCCUGCACACCGUCGUCAGAGGCUUCAUCCACUCCGCAGUCGGAGGCCUCUAUGCUGCUGUGUACCCGUCCUCUCAGUUUGGCAGCCUGACAGGGAUGCAGUCUCUGAUCAGCGCUCUGUUCGCCCUGCUGCAGCAGCCUCUCUUCAUGGCCAUGGUGGGACCCCUGGAAGGAGACCCUCUCUGGGUGAACGUGGGCCUGUUGGUGGUGAGCAUGCUGGGAUUCUGCCUGCCCCUCUACCUGCUGUGCCACAGCCGUUACCUCCAGCGCCUCAAAGACGAGCAAGACGAGGAUCCCAAGAUCUACGUCCAGAUCAACAACGGUAGCAAGCCCGAGGCCUUCGUCUAGAGCCGGAGAGAGAGAGAGAGAGAGAGAGAGAGAGAGCGGAGAAUUCAACACCAAAAAAGAGAGAAGAAGAAGAAGAGAAGGAGGGGAGAGCGGUGGAGGUCAACUGCCUGUGUGAGACUCAUGAUGAAUACAUUCACUCUGUCCUCCAACGCCUCUCUCAGUUUGUCUGAUGACUCACAAAUCCCUUACAUUCCCCACACACACACACACACACACACACACACACACACACACACCACACACACACACACACACACACUACAACACACACACCCUCCAUUACACUGCCAUAUUGCCGCUUGGCCAAACAUGACUGUGACACCCAGUUUCACCCUCCUUCAUCCGUUGAGUAUACACAGUGAGACAAACAUACACAUCCUCUCCACCCCCCACCCCCCCAAUGUGUGGGGGCUCACCACACCCCUCCCCCCUCCCUUGGACUGCAUCUCUGGAAACGAGGAGAAAACAGAAUAAAUGGGAGAAAGAAGAAGAAGAAGAAAAAAUGAUUGGGGACUUUUUUUUUUUUCUUAUUUCUACCCAAGUGACUCUUCUUCUUCACUCUUUUCAUUUUUUUUUUAUUUCACACUGUUACAUGUGCCACUGACAGUCGACUGGUUUAGCCUCCGCCAGUCUUACUUAAAAACCACAGAAGAAGAAGAUGGAGAAGAAGAUGUAAAGUGAGGAGACAAAUUCUCUGUGACAGUAUUGUGCAUCUAAGACACAUGACUUUUACCACCUUACAAGAACUGGUGCGUUGCCAACACACGGUAACCAUGGAGUAACUAUGGAGUUACCGUGACGACCUUUACAUUCUAAUUGGCCCAGGUUUGUCUCUACACUCUCAUCCCUCUUAGACAGCCGCACAAGUGGCAUCUUAGGUCCCGACACGCCUCCGCUUCCUCUCGUGCUCGAGGGCAUUACCUGAGUCAGACUCCACAGACUAGCAGCAGCAGUAUUGGUAGCAGCUGGGAUCAAAACACACACGGUCAGGUGAUGCACGUGACGCACAGAUCAGUGAGGAGGAAACACGCCAGAGGUAAUGCAGUGUGACAAAGUGCUCUCUGGUGUUUGAUAAACUACACUGCAUGAUGCCAGUGAUGCCAGCGCUGGUCCUAUAUUAACAGUUUCACUCAGUCACUAGCGCAGGAAGACACUCAACUCGCCAUGUCGGUCUGGUUUUUGAAUUCCUCGUGUACCGUUUGUUGUUUGUUUUUGUUUUUUUUCAAAUGUAUUUAUUGCAAUAUGAUCACAAGAUGUGCUGUUCAAACUUUUUACCCCCCUGUACCUGAUCUGUGGAGGAGGCCGUGUGUUUAGAGUAGGUAGACGGGGACGAAGAUGUUAGAUGUAGUGUGCCACACACACACACACACACACACACACAAACACACACACACACACACAUGCACGAGUUUUGCAGUUUGGGUUCGUCGUAGCAAUAAGUGCUUCUGUUGGGUCACACAGACAGGUAAAUAUAAAUGUACAUUUUAUGGACUGUAUUGAUAAAAAAAAAAUCACAAAGGGUGCUAGUUAAUUACAGAAAUGUGUUAAUUUUUUUUUGUGUAUUUUGCUUUAAAGGGGCAGUUGAAGUCAUUUUUAACACAAACAAAACAACAAAUCGCCAUUGAUUUACUAACAAGACCUGCUUCUUCAGUGGAUUUCCAAAGAACCAAUCAAGCUACCAUUUCAAACGACUACUUUGCUCCUUUGUUUCUUAUCAGUUUUGUGUUGUAAUUCUGCACCGUAACGCAGCAGCAGCAGCUCUGGGAAACUUGAACUCACCUCUUACAGACAUAAAGGGACAUUAGCUUGAAGGUAGCAGGCUGAUAAAAAGACACGUUCCUCCAGCUUCUGAGAAACAACACAGACGACAGAGAGUCUUUGUCUUUGAAAGAAAACGACCCAGAGCAGAAGAAGCGUGGAGUGUGUAGACAGCGAUACAGGGAGAUAGUAAUUGCGAUUUGACUCAGUCUGCUGUCUUCAAACGCCAUAGAGUGAAGCUCCUCGGAUAUUUUUUAACUCGCAGAGGCAUUUCCAAAGACAGCCAUGACCCUCAGAGUGCCUCUCUAUGUGUACAGAUGAUGGGAGGAGUGGAUUCAGGCAGGAUGUGGCACACCCAGUCCCUCUCUCCCUCCCUCCCUCCCUCCCUCCAUCUAUCUAUCUAUCUAUCUAUCUAUCUAUCUAUCUGUUGCUUUCAUCCACCCAUCGUCCCACAAACACGCCUUGAAGUGUUUACUGACGACAGAGCUGAGAGACGAGCCUCUGCCACCAACCAGAGGCGCCCAGUGAAUGACUCAAGUGAGAAAUGAAUGGCACGUGAUGCACUUUAGACUCUAAAAUGGACCUCAGUCAUGUAUUUCUGAAUGGCCUGCCCCCCCUCCCCCUCCCACUGUAUCGUACACGCAGUGCAUGGCUGCUUACUAGUGGUGCAUGAUGCAGAGAAUGUAUACUCGGAGCUUCAGAUGUAGAUUUGUAAUUCAGAACAUGGGAAACGGAAAGAUGCUGUUAUUUUUUUAUACUAAAAACUAUUGCUUCACAUGUUCAUUAUGUUGCCUUUAUGUGCACGGACAGUGUGGCAGAGUCUUGUCUCUCAGUUCAGGAACUUGUGUGGACGUACGUUUAUCAGAGCUGCACAUUCAUCCUCAUUAAACUGCAUGAGUUUUAUUAUCUGUAGACGAUCAGAGAGAAAUGUAUGGAGGAAAAUAAGCGCCCAAAUUCAACUGUACAAAGAACUUUGGUUAAGUGGGAAAAAAAAUGUGCUUUUGUAAUGAAACUAAAUUCACAUUUGUACAUUUCUAUGCUUCUCAGUUUGAAUGUUUUCACAGGAAAAUGAAAUGAUGCAGAAGAAAGUAAUGAAUCUCCACACAAUGCCAGAACUACAUUUAUUAAAGGUGUAAACUUUGGGUGAACAUUGAAAUCAAUUGAAUGGGAUUUUCAGUAAACAUACAUAGAUAGUAUGCAGGAAUUUGUUAUAUUCUUUUUUAUGUCUUCUUCAUGUCUUUUUCUUUAUUACUUUUGUAUUUCUUUAUUUAAAAAAUGACAUUUUCGUAUCUCUAAAGUACAAAGAAAAAUCUAAUUUUUGGUGGCAGCGGAGACAGUGAUAACUCAGAUAUCCUUCUCCCCCAGAACAGAUUAAAAUCUUUUUUAUUUGUCAAUCUUUAUUAGUACAUUGCAGAUACAAACCUACACAGAGACAGGGAUCCGUUUGUAUUUUUAUUGUGGGGAAUAAUUCUUAUAUCUUCAAAUGCACGACACAGACGCAAAGAUCUGUGUUGUUGUUGUGUCGACUCUAAACACCAGUUUUGUACUUGAGAGAUGAAACAACAUGAAUCUUUAUUUAGAAAAUGUACGGAUGUGAAUUUGCUGUGCUGUUUACAUGAAACUUUAUUUACGUUUGUCAUUCCAAUAAAACAAAUAUCAAUAAUUAUGGCACUAGUUUUCCUCCAUACGGGACCUCUGCGCUCUCGUAUCUCGGCUUUGUGACAGGCAGGUUCAGAUGUUCUCUGACGCAGUAUUUAGCUAUGAAUGUGGGUGAUGAUGGACAUUGAUUUUUCAUUUGCUUGGUAACCCAUCGUGAACUCGCUCUGUGGCUCAACAUGAAAUCAGCCAAUAUACAGUCAGUUUGUCCUAAACCACAAACCUCUGUAGAUUUAAAUGACACGUUGUGACGAUGACGCCUGGGUGAACGAGUGAUGAGUUAUCAGGGGAAAUCUUCACUCCCUGAAAAACGGGGAAAAAAAACUAAUCAGCACUUUCCUUCACUGCCGUACCUUAAACGCCUCACCCUGUCCUCAAUGCCAUCACCUUCCUGGUCCCUUGGAUUGGGAUUCUACAUUACAGUGGUUUGGUUUAUUGAUUGAUGUAUUGAUGAAUUGUUUAUUCUCUGAAGAUGAAUCCUAGCGUGUUUGGUUGUGGGUGUUUUUAUGGCUGUGUGAUUUAGCUGAAACACUGACGCCCCCCCCCCCCGCAUGUAUUUUUUGUAUCUUUUGCCGACCAUGUUUCCGUUUAUUUUCGUUGUCUUUCAUUCUACUUUUCUUUUUUUUUUCCUCUGAUGUUUACGAGAAUGUGUAUUUUUCAUGGUCUUAUAUUGUAUAUUUGGUUUUUCUUUUGUCUUGUACCACAGUAUAGCCAUUUGUCACUGACAUCCAUUUCAAGUCAUGCUGUUUCAACUGAAAGGAAAAAAAACAAAAAAACAGAUCAAUAUAUGAAGCAAAAUAAACACAAUAAUUUGUAUAAA